UAGAACCUCCUCGCUCGUUUGUAUUUGUUUAUUUACAAAGUUGUCGGCACUCGAUAAUGUUUUUCUCUCUCUUGAUUUAUAUUUAAUUAAGAAACUCUGCACAUUUAUUUAAUAUUAGAACUGUUUCGAUCGUAUGGAGUCAAAUCCUUCCAGAUACCAGAAAUGGACGAUGAGCCUGUUUCCAACUUGAACACGAACAAGGAAGAUCCGAUGCUCAUUUCCUGCGAAUGGACGGAUUGCCCUUUCUCGUCAACAUCAGAAGACACUUUCUACAACCACGUAUCUUAUCAUUUACCCGAUUUGAAAGUCAUUAAACACACAGAUGGCGAAGAAAUGUAUGAAUGUCAAUGGGCCAAAUGUCUCUUUACCACAAAAGAUCCUGACCUGGUCACGAGACAUGUGAAAUAUCAUGGAUACCAUCGAAUAUUAAAAACCAGAGGUCAGACUUAUGCUAAGAAGAAAGGCUUACCAUCAUGUACAUACACAGAAGAAGACACACUUCCUCUUGAGCAUAACGAACCGAUCGUAUGCCUCUGGGAGCAUUGUGAUGAAACCUGCCCCGGGAUCAAAGAAAUAAUUGACCACAUAGCUUUUUUCCAUAUCAGAUCGCUUAGUGAAAAACCCCACCAGAAAUAUUCAUGUGCGUGGAACGGGUGCACAGCAUCAACAAAUAAAAAAUCAAGACUUUUGGAACAUGUCAAAGUUCACACAGGCGAAAAGAAAACAGCAUGUCCACAGUGUGGCAAUGUAUUUGCAAGUAAUGCUAAAUUUGAAGAUCAUUGUCAUCGACAACUUCCUGUAGAUGAAAAAAGUCACCAAUGCAAUUAUUGCUUUAGCUACUUACCGAGUGAACGGCUUCUAAGAGAUCACAUGAGACAGCAUGUUCAUCAUUACAAAUGCAACUUUUGCGGCAUGACCUGCCAUACUCCAGGGAUUUUAAAACGCCAUAUUAAAUAUCGUCAUACUCCAAGUAGAAAAUAUGCUUGCCCUCUGUGUAGUUCUAAAUGCAAAACGCACACUGACCUCCGGCAACAUCUUCUAAGGCAUACGGAAAACAAGUUUACUGAAUUAUCGUGUAAUGAACCAAACUGCAAUUUCAAAUGCAAACUUCAGUCUGUUCUGACUAGACAUUUUUACAAAGAGCAUUCUGAAAAUUUAAAAGGCGGUCGAUAUUGUUGUCACCUUUGUGACAAAUCAUACACAAGAGGAUUUUCCUUAACCCGUCAUUUGUGCUCUAUGCAUAAUGUGCGAAAGCCUUCUGAAUAUUCUAGAUUUAUUUACAAAGCUGGUGGCGAUGGCUACAAUCGGCUGCAAACGAUUCGUCUUGAAAGUUUAGAAGUGGCUGAAAAUGAUAAAAAGGUUUCUAAUGAAUGUUCUGAUGAGGAUGUUGACGAACCGGAGGCAGUAGAGGGACAAGAAAGCAGUGGUGAAACCGAGAAAGAUAUCAACGAAAGAAUAACGAUAGACGUUGUCGAUGAAUCGGGCAAAAUUAUCCUAAGCAAUAACGUCGAUGCAGUUAUUGCUGAAGAUUCACUACCACCGGAUGCCAAGAUAGUAGCCAUAGGGCAUUGAUUUGAAUUUUAAUGACUUUACUCUGUAAACACAUGCUAAUGUGUGCAGGGGGUGUCGGUGGUUGCAACGGUUUAGGCACAUCACUGUAAGGUAAAGGUCCCGGGUUCGAAUCCAACAGCCUCGCAUUCGAACCCGUCAAUGUGUUUGUUUUCAAAACCAUCAAUACCCCGAGGGCUGAUAUGGACUCUGCUUUUGUGACCCCUUGUAAUAAAAUAAUAAUAAUAAUGCCUGCAUGUGAUAUGAAACAGAAGGGAAAAGUGUUUGUAAUUAUGUAAAUUAAAAAAAUAAAGAAAUAAACAAAAGCAAUUUUGUUUCAUAAAUAUAAUUAUAAUAUUCUCAAAAAAAUGUUACAUAUCUAUUUAAAGUUUUGUAAAGCAAAUGUUACAAAUGUUCCUAUUUUACAUUGUUUCAAAUUAAAAAUAACAAAUAAAAGUAUUGCUUUUA